GAUCUUGUGAAAAAUCACCUGAUGUAUGCGGUGCGGGAGGAGGUGGAGGUCCUGAAAGAGCAAAUCAAAGAACUGUUGGAGAAGAACUCGCAGCUGGAGCGUGAGAACAGCCUCCUGAAGACCCUGGCCAGCCCCGAGCAGCUGGAGAAGUUCCAAUCCCGCCAUCGAGAUCUUGUGAAAAAUCACCUGAUGUAUGCGGUGCGGGAGGAGGUGGAGGUCCUGAAAGAGCAAAUCAAAGAACUGUUGGAGAAGAACUCGCAGCUGGAGCGUGAGAACAGCCUCCUGAAGACCCUGGCCAGCCCCGAGCAGCUGGAGAAGUUCCAAUCCCGCCUCACAGAGCCCAGGGGCGGCUGCCCCGGCCCAGCACUCCGGGGGCUCUGCGGU